UUCUCCGCAAAUUUUGUUCCAAAGUAGAAGGAAAAGGGAGAGAGAGAGAGAGAGAGAGAGAGAGAGAGAGAGAGAGAGAGAGAGAGAGGGAUUUACGGAAUCGAUGGCGAUUAUCUCCUCGAGACGUGGAGUGUUUGGAUGCGUUUAUUAUUUGGUGUUGAUACUGUUACACGCGAGGAUAUGCAUAGCGGCGAGAUCUGAUAAGGAAAUCCGAGAAAGGUUUUAUGGUAACCUUGCGAAUUCGUCGUCGACGGGUACCGGAGAAGGGAGUAUUGCCAAAAUGUUCGAUCGGGUUCUUGAGAAAGAGUUCUCCGAAAAUGAUCAACCUGAAGAAUCUGAUGCAAGCAGUUUCAAUACUAGUGUAGCUGAUCAGCAAGCUGUACUUGAGACUGUAGCUAAAAUCACUCAUGAGAAGGGGAAGAGAAAUGAUACUCAAGAGGCAAAUGGCACAAGUUCAUUCCAGAUUCAAGAUGUUUUUCCCCUGGAAAAAGAAGAUUCGGAUGAGACAACGGCCUUGAUUGACAAAAAGGUGGACCAUAAUGUCUUUGUAAUCUCAAAUAAAAAAUCCAAGUAUCCAGUACUCCAAGUUGAUUUGAGAUUGAUAUCAGAUUUGGUGGUUGUCAUAGUCUCUGCUGCCAUUGGUGGUAUUAUCUUUUCAUGUCUGGGGCAACCGGUUAUUGUGGGAUAUCUUCUAGCGGGUUCACUGAUUGGACCAGGAGGUUUGAAAUUCAUUAGUGAAAUGGUUGAAACUGUUGCACAGUUUGGUGUUGUCUUUCUUCUUUUGGCUCUUGGGCUAGAGUUUUCUUUGGCAAAGUUAAAAGUUGUGGGGGCAGUUGCUGUCUUUGGGGGACUACUUCAAAUUGUGAUAUUUUUGUUCUUGUUUGGCAUAAUUGCAGUGUUAUGUGGAGCAAAAUUGUCUGAGGGUGUAUUUGUUGGCUCCUUCCUCUUAAUGUCAUCAACUGCAAUUGUUGUGAAGUUUUUAGUUGAACAGAGUAGCACUAAUGCUCUCCAUGGUCAAGUUACUGUUGGGACUCUAAUUUUUCAGGAUUGUGCUGUUGGCUUGUUAUUUGCUUUGCUCCCAGUUUUGGGUGGUAGCAGUGGCUUACUACCUGGGAUGAUUUCAAUAGGAAAGCUGAUGCUGGUAUUAUCGAUAUAUCUUACUGUUGCAUCUGUAUUGUCUUGGUCGUUUGUUCCUUGCUUCCUAAAGUUAAUGAUACAGAUAUCAUCUCAAACAAAUGAACUUUAUCAGCUUGCUGCUGUGGCUUUCUGCUUAUUGUCUGCUUGUUGCAGUGAUAAGCUGGGUCUCAGCCUUGAGUUGGGUUCAUUUGUUGCUGGAGUUAUGAUAUCUACUACUGACUUUGCACAGCAUACUUUAGACCAGGUGGAACCAAUUCGCAAUCUAUUUUCUGCACUCUUCCUUUCUGGUAUUGGGAUGCUCAUACAUGUACGUUUUCUGUGGAACCAUGUGGAUAUAUUAUUGGCAGCUGUUAUUCUAGUUAUUGUUGUUAAGACAGCUGUUGCUGCUGUGGUCAUUAAGGCUUUCGGAUAUAGUUUCAGGACAUCUUUCCAUGUUGGAGUGUUGCUUGCUCAAAUUGGAGAAUUUGCUUUUGUUCUUCUAAGUCGCGCCUCAAAUCUUCACCUUGUUGAGGGAAAGAUGUAUCUUCUUCUUCUUGGAACAACAGCUCUUAGUCUGGUGACAACUCCUCUUUUGUUCAAAUUGAUUCCUAAUGUGAUGAACUUGGGUGUUCUUUUGCAAUGGUUUCCCUCAGAGAGCAGCUCACAAAAUGAGGAGAAAGGUUCCAUCAUUGAAGCACAUAACAGAUUAUUGUGACCUACCAUGUUAUGGUCGUCAGUUUAUACUGGUGUUACACCAUAGAGCUUAGUCAUCUGCAAGUAUUUAGGGUUUAAUAGCACUACCAAUAUCAUUGUUGGGGUUUCUGACAACACUUCACGGUGUCGGUUCCAUUGGAAGUCAGCUGAAAGUUCUCUUGUACAUUUAUAUAUAUUCUUUAUUAUUCUUUGUAUAUGAUUUUGUAUUUUGACCACUCACGAGUUCAAUCUAAUCCUUGUGUCAUGCUGUGAGUUGCAACCCCUAUACACAAAUUACUGCUGGAGGGUUACUCGAGCUCGACAAAAAUGAGUUACAGUCGAUUAUAAUUUACAAAAGAUGUCUCCUUUUGUGACAAAUUUAUGAAUCUGUGCUGUACCCAGCUACAUAUUUCGAUUGUACAAAUUAUAAUAGGGGUGAUUUGUUAUUAGAAUGUUUGGAUUUUUUUUGAGAUUUAAUCUUCAGCAAUGUCAAAUAUAAAAAAAAAAAAAUCUACAU